AUGGCUGAAAUACGAAAUUUCACCCAAGCAGUGCAAGACAUUUUCAAGAAAACAUUUCUCACUUACAUGAAUGACUGGAGGAAAAACAUGACCGAAGCAGCAGAUGAAUUGCAAGCUAAGGUUGAUGCUGAAAACUUUGACUAUGUCAUCCUUUAUUUGAUGGUAAUGAUUGGGAUGUUCUCCUUCAUCAUUGUGGCAAUCUUGGUGAGCACUGUGAAAUCGAAGAGGAGAGAACACUCCAAAGAUCCCUAUCAUCAGUACAUUGUUCAGGAUUGGCAUGAAAAAUAUAAAAGCCAGGUUCUGAAUCGAGAUGACUUCAAGAGUGUUGUCCAUGAAAACUUUGGUGCAAGAGAAAAAAAUAGCCCUGGAUCACCCUGA